CGAUGAGUGCGCUGCGCUUUAUAAAGCCGUCUGCUGUCAAGCCUGGCUGCUCACGUCCCCCUGUCCUAUGAACCUUCUCCGACUACCACCGCAUCACUGAUCACCUCAAACCGUGAAGAUGGCGGCCCGGACGAUGCAAGCAGCACGGUGCCCGACAGAUGAGUUGUCGCUGACAAAUUGCGCCGUGGUCAGCGAGAAAGAUCUGCAGUCCGGACAACAUGUUACGGUGAAGACCACACCCAACCAUAAAUUUGUGUUUACAGUCAAGACUCAUCACACUGUGGCACCUGGUUCAAUCGCCUUUAGCCUUCCACAGCGAAAAUGGGCCGGCCUCUCCAUUGGCCAGGAGGUGGAAGUCUCCAACUACAACUUUGACAAGUCCAAGCAGUGCAUUGGAGCCAUGACGAUCGAAAUUGACUUCCUGCAAAAGAAAAGUACAGACUCCUCACCUUAUGACUCGGACAAGAUGGCUGCCGAGUUCAUCCAGAAGUUCAACAGCCAGGGCUUCUCUGUCACACAGCAGCUGGUUUUCAGUUUCUGUGACAAACUCUUUGGACUGGUCGUCAAAGACAUUGAGGCAAUGGAUGCCAGCAUCCUCAAAGGUGAAGCCGCCUCUGGAAAGAAACCACAGAAGAUUGAUGUUGGGCUGUUGGUGGGGAACAGCCAAGUGAUUUUUGAGAAGGCGGAGAGUUCAUCCUUGACACUUGUUGGGAAGGCAAAGACCAAGGAAGCCCGUCAGACAAUCAUCAACCCGGACUGGAACUUUGAGAAAAUGGGCAUUGGAGGUUUGGAUAAGGAAUUCUCUGACAUUUUCCGAAGAGCUUUUGCCUCGCGAGUCUUCCCUCCUGACAUUGUGGAGCAGAUGGGCUGUAAGCACGUGAAGGGUAUCUUGCUGUUUGGACCUCCAGGCUGUGGUAAAACCCUAAUGGCAAGACAGAUUGGCAAAAUGCUUAAUGCCCGUGAGCCAAAGAUUGUCAACGGCCCCGAAAUCCUCAACAAAUAUGUGGGCGAGUCCGAGGCCAACAUUCGCAAGUUGUUCGCUGACGCAGAAGAUGAGCAAAAGCGGCUGGGAGCCAACAGCGGCCUUCAUAUCAUCAUUUUUGAUGAGUUGGAUGCCAUUUGUAAGCAGAGGGGCACAGGGGCUAGCAGCACAGGUGUGCACGACACUGUGGUCAACCAGCUUCUAUCCAAAAUUGACGGCGUGGAGCAACUCAACAAUAUUCUGGUCAUCGGAAUGACCAACAGGCCUGACCUGAUCGAUGAUGCCCUCAUGAGGCCUGGCAGGUUUGAAGUCAAAAUGGAAAUUGGUCUUCCUGAUGAGAAAGGCCGCGUUCAGAUUCUCACUAUUCACACAAACAAGAUGCGAAACUUCAACUUAUUGGCUCAAGAUGUCAACAUACCAGAACUAGCAGCCGAGACCAAGAACUACAGCGGCGCAGAGCUGGAGGGAUUGGUCAGGGCCGCCCAGUCCACUGCAAUGAACCGACACAUCAAGGCUACGUCUACAGUUGAGGUUGACAUGGAGAGGGCCGAGAAGCUGCAGGUCACCAGAUCUGACUUCAUGGGAUCCCUCAACAAUGACAUUAAACCUGCAUUUGGCACCAACCAGGAGGAUUACUCCAGCUUCAUCAUGAAUGGCAUCAUCAAAUGGGGUGACCCAGUUUCACAUAUCCUCGAUGAUGGAGAGCUACUGGUACAGCAGACCAAGAACAGUGAUCGCACACCACUGGUGGCUGUGCUGCUGGAGGGUCCACCACACAGUGGCAAAACAGCUCUGGCUGCCAAGAUAGCAGAGGACUCUCAGUUCCCCUUCAUUAAGAUCUGUUCUCCGGACAAGAUGAUUGGACACUCAGAGAUCUCUAAGUGUCAGGCUAUUAAAAAGGUCUUCGAUGACGCUUACAAAUCCCAGCUCAGCUGUGUGGUGGUUGAUGACAUUGAACGUCUGCUUGACUAUGUCCCAAUCGGACCGCGUUUCUCCAAUCUGGUUCUUCAAGCCUUGCUGGUGCUCCUGAAGAAAGCACCACCCAAGGGUCGAAAGCUGCUCAUCGUUGGCACCACCAGCAGGAAGGAUGUCCUACAGGAGAUGGAGAUGUUGGACGCCUUCAGCACCACCAUCCACAUUCCAAACAUCUCUACCGGAGAGCAGCUUGUUGAUGCUUUAGAGCUUCUGGGGAGCUUCACAGACAAAGAGAGGGCCAGCAUUGCUCAGCAGCUUAAAGGAAAGCGAGUCUGGAUCGGCAUCAAGAAACUCCUUGUGCUUAUCGAGAUGUCGCUGCAGAUGGACCAAGAUUACAGAGUGACCAAGUUCCUGACUCUGCUUCGAGAUGAGGGAGCGUUGAAUGAGGGUAACCAAAUCCGAAUUUAAACUGCCAGUCAGUACCUCCGAUUGUGCACUGUGAUCGGAGUUUUUACGAGUAAAACAGCUUCAGAAAUGCAGCAACUCUUCCAUCAUCAACAAGCCCAAAACAAGAUGCAAUGAAGAAGCGGAGAGCGAAAAGAGGUUGUCGUUUCCGAGUCAUUCCACCAUCCGACUGACUGAAAACACAUCUGGUAAAAGACUAUAUACAACUCCCAAUUUAUCUCAGCAUGUUUCUGUAAGUAACAUCAUUGUAUCACUGCCCUUCCUCAAAGUAUAUAUGUCAACAUAUCACUGCAAUCUACGAGAAGUCGUACUGUUAUUAAAUUGUUAUCUGUAAAGAUAUUGCAAUAGAUGAUUGUAAAAAAAAUAAAUAAAUAAUAAGCUGUUUUGUGCAUCUUGCUAAAAAAAUGGCUGUAUGUUUUUAGCUUCCUGUGUAGUACGUAUUGUAUUUGUUAUUGUCAUGCUAAAUUAUAGUCAGUAUGAUAUGUACUUGCGCAAACAAAACAGUAGAAAGAAUGCAUCUAAAAUGAGACUUAAAUGCAGUGCAGAGUAUUUGCUUUGUGGACUAUCAAAGGAUUGUUUGUGAUCAUGUAGUAGAAAAAAAGUACUUUGUUCCAUGUUGUAAAUGUUAAGCCUUUAAAAUUUCUUAACUUGUCCAUGGUUAUAAGCCAACGUAUGGUUGACUUAAGCCCAAAGUGUAGAGUGUAUGUAAAAACUGGCAGUAUACUGAGGGGAAAAAUGUUCCAAGUUCUUUCCAGAUUAUGUAGAAACAUGAUAUAUCGGUAUGAUUUGUUAAUAUUUGUUGUCCUGGAUAUCAUGACUUUAUCUGGUUAGUUAUAGUGGAAGUGAAUGUUGGGUUGUUUGAUUGACUGUCUGUUGUGUGCAGUUCAGUACAUUUUAGUAAAGAUAGUGUAGCGUUGGUCAGUGUUCAAUGAUAAUAAAAACAACAGCACUUUUUAGAUGGAUAUGUGAAUAUGGAAACAACUGAAACUGAACAUAAAAACAUUUGAACAAAUAACAGUAUGUAAUGAUUCUUUAUGGACGCUUGAGCUUAUGUGUGCAUGUGUCGGAACCUAAACGCUGCAUGUGUAUGCAUUGGAAUGCGAGGCUAAAUUGUACCUGGAAUAUAAAUGCUCUUAAUAUUUAAUUGUGCAAACAUUUGAGGCAACUUUGUGACACGAGGUAAAAAAUUUUGCUCUAGAGCCAAUAGAUUGAAGACAACCUGUCCUCAUCGUUGGGUUUUAUUUCGAAAACAGACCUGUACUUGUGAAAAAGGUUUUGUUCUGGGUUUGCUUGGGUAUCUGUACAGUGUACAAAGAUAUCUUUCUUUGACAUUCAAGGCAUUUUGGAACCAAAUUUGCUGCUCAGGGUGAGUUGGUGUCAGUGAUUGCCUCAUUUGGUUGUGCAACAAAAUAACAGUUGAACCACUUGAUGCCUGAAUUUACAUUGAUCACAUACAUACACAUUGGUGGAAUACAUAAGUAUAUGAAAAUGGUAUUCAUAAAAAAUACUAAAUCAAGAAAAUUAAUAGAAAAAUGCAACUAAAAAUAGGAAAUCUGAAAAUAACAAAAAAUAAAAAUCCUAAAAAGAAUUAAAAGUACCGUGUUUUCCAUACCAUAAGGCGCACCUUCAAUGAAUGGCCUAUUUUAAAACUUUUCAUAUACAGUAUAGGGCUUACAACGUUAUAAGACGCAGUAAUAGUAGUAGUGGUUGGGUUUGUGUUAUACAUCAACUAGAUGGUGCUGUGCUAAAGGGACUGUCAAGCCAUGAUUAACCAAUAUUGAUCCAUAUAUAAGGCGCACUGUCAGCUUUUGAGCAAAUUGAAGGCUUUUAGGUGCGCUUUGUAGUGUGGAAAAUAAGGUAAAUAUAGGAAAAUUAAUUGAAUAUAAUAGAGCAUAAAUUUAGACAAUUUUAAAACAGAAAUGACCAAAUUUACAUAUAUACAUAAUAAACAGGUGGAAUUUAUUAAUAAAGUCCUUUUUAAUUUCUAAUUUUAGAAAAAUGAUCUGCUCCAUUUUUUUUAAAGAUAAUUUUCUACAUUCUGUUCUAAUUCUUUUAUUUAUUUAUUUAUUUUAAAGAUUUUUUUAAAUGUAGGAUUCUUUUGUUUUCAUUUCUUUUUUUCUUGUCCGGCUCAAAUGGAAUGAAAAAUAGGAAUGUUAAUAAAUGAGGAUCUUUUUUCCUCUCAUUUUUAGUUGUAUGUUCCAAUUUAAUUUUCUGUGUAUAUACAGUAUUUUCUACUAUUAUUAAUUUUCAUGUUCCCCCAUAGAGAUAUGUACCCUUUUAAUGUAAUUGUUUGUUAAAUAUAAAUUCAGGCAUCAAGGCUGAACGUUCUGGGGUUUUUUUGUUUUUGUUUUUUUUUGUCUCGGAUAAAUUUAUGAGUUCGUCUAUUUUAAUGCUUAUGUUGGGGCUGAUUAUGAUUUAGGUUUAUAUAGCACAUAGUACUUUUGUACAGUAUUUAAGUGACCAAUUUGGAGUUUUCUUUCUCCAAUGGAAGAAAACCAACCAUUAAGCCCAGGCGUGUUGUUGUGUAUCCGUGACUAUCUACUUAGCACUCAAAUUAUUUCGUAAUUACUUCUUUGUUUUCUCCUUCAUUUACUCGUUGGCUUCUAUUGACGGCGCUAGAUGUCAAAACCAUUUUGACUGGGGGGGAUUAGCUGCAUCAAUGGCAGCCAAUGAGUUAAUUGUGUUUAUUACUGUGCAAAAUGUUUUGUUUUGUUCUAACCGCUGGUAAAAUGUGUGUUGGUGUGUGUCUGUAGGUGUCUUGUAUGCGUGUGUAAAUGUCUAUAUAUAUAUUUAAUUUCCAGAUGUAUCAUUGCAAUAAAAUAGCACAGAUGCACCAAAAACAUUACAAUGUGUC